CACCACCACCACCAUCGUAUUUAUUUCUCUUUCUGUUUCCCCUCUGUUGCUUUUUCCUUCCUCACUUGUUCUCUCGCGUCUUUCCUCUGUCUUUUUCACAACUGGAACAUUAACCACACCACACCACACCACACUGCACCGGUUUACGCUUAAACUACACUCCACACCUCUGACCACCAAAAGUUAUUAAACAUUCUCGCGAAUGAGAACAUCACAGCAGCGCUCUCACUGUCCACGACACCUCACCACCAAGUUACGAUAGGAACCACACGCACACACACACCACUAAGUUGUGAUACAAAACGCUACAGCCCUCAACUCCACACCACAUCACAAAUUUCUGAAGAAACUAUUCGUUUAACCCAGCCUGCCAAUGGGGUAAAAUUGUAAUCAAAAAUUUGACUUUUGUGAUAUUUUCUCACAGUUCAGAUUACUCUGGGGUCAGCAUUUUAACUUUUGAUUUACCAGUGUGCCUGCAGGAAUCCGUUCGAAUAAGCAUCAGUUAUGUUCUAGGAUUUCUGUGUAUCUUCAAGCCACGAAUCCUUUUUGAUAGUAUCUGUGGUCUAAAAUCGUACCAGGUGUGAAAAGUUGGGAAACAGACCGACCAUGGGCAAAAACGGGGCCAGCUUCCCGAGGAAAAACCUGGAUUCUUUCUGCUCGUCGUCGUCCUCCGUCGAGAUUAUAAGCGAGGAGAAGUUCAGUAAGAGGACAAAGAAUUCUGCAUCUUCAUCUUCUCAGCCAUUGCUGUCGGCAUGUUCAAAUUGUUACAAGGAGCGAACAAAGUCGACAGGCGGCCGGCGGCACAGGCGCCAUAAACAGGUGAAGUCUAAGACGCCGAUAGUUAUUUGCCUCAAGGACUCGUUAGAUGCUGCCCGCAGGUUGAAACAGAAAGAUGAGAGGGUGUACAAUAAAGAUUGCCAAGCGUCUACAGUGACGAGAAAUAUUACUACUACUACUACUACUACUACUACAAGUGACAAUGUUGGUGCUGAUCCAAUUUAUUCCAGGUUCCAAGAAGACAAAGGUAAAAAACUUCAGGCCCUCUUGUCGGAGAUAGAAAAACCCAACCAGAAUGAAACUUGUGGAAAUAUUGUGAAGAAUCUAGAUCUGGACACUGGUCAGUUGUGCUCGGCCUGCCAGAAUUUGAACUCGUCCAGUCACCUGCUUAACAAUGCGCCGCACCGCACCAGACGUAAUGAGCGGUCAAGUCGGUCGUUGCACCACUUUCAGCACAGCAAAGGAACGAACAACGUUGACGUGAUUCGGAAUGACUUAUUUAGGGGUGAUGGUCACGAUGCCAACCCUGACUCAGAAACUGCUGAAUAUGAAGACACUUCUUCUCUGUCUUCAAGCUCAGACAGCAGUAAUGCAUAUGAAUGCGACAGCAUGCCUCGUUCUAGAGGUGACUGCAUGUCCAUCCAUGACACAUUUUGUUGCAGACGGAUGCCUCAGAAAAUAGCUUAUGGGGACUCCCUUGAGAAAUUGGCACAAUUCACCACCGGUGUGCCUCUGUAUCAUUACGGGUCGAGCCUGCACUACAGGUGUUCUAUGCAGGUGUCGAACCCCUGGUACCAGGAAGGGUACCACCACAGCAACAACAGCAAGUUGGAGGAGUAUCGGUAUCAUGUAAAUAACAGAAGCUUCGAGGAGUAUCCCUACACUGACCACAAUGCCAGAACCCCUCCUGCUGUCGUCUCGGUCAGUGCAGAAGAUGCAGGCCUGUCGGACUUCUCGACAACCGACCAAGACUCCAACAGGGAAUCGGAGUCGCCACUGACCAGUGUGGAUGAGGGGGAUGCUGACAGUAACAGUGAGGUCGAUAGUAACUUGGACUCUGAAAACCACCAGUGUGUCGACUGUGUCUACGUUGAUCUUACCGAUACUGAUGUUACUUUCUCGGUUUACUACCAUGAGAAUCUGUUUGGGCUCUACAACAGCUACAAGAAAAAGAAGAAACAGAGGAGGGCUUCCGCUUGGGGUGUCCCCUCUUGGGGCACGCCACUGGGCUUCACAAACGCCUCCUCAUCCUACUACCCUUACACCGCCUCAUGGCCGUGGCCCUACUGGUCGUCCAUGUUCUUCCCGAACAGUUCGCUGCCCAAAACGGUGAUGAUACCCCCAAAAGAGCUAAAGAAAUUCAAUGUAACGCAGCCGCCGCAACGUCAAUGGAUCCCUGUACAGCAGCGCGACUGUUCCAGACCAACAGCUGUGUUCACCGUGAUGUGUUACAACGUACUCUGUGAUAAAUACUGUACCAGGCAGCUGUAUGGUUACUGCCCCACCUGGGCCCUCAACUGGGAGUACCGAAAGAAGGGCAUUAUGGAUGAAAUCAAACAUUACAGAGCUGACAUCAUCAGUUUGCAGGAGGUGGAAACUGACCAGUUCUAUAACUUCUUCCUACCUGAACUGAAGAGAGACGGUUACAACGGAAUCUUCUCACCAAAGUCACGGGCUCGCACCAUGAGUGAACAGGAAAGAAAGCAUGUUGAUGGGUGUGCUAUAUUCUUCAGGGAAGCCAAGUUCCAUUUCAUUAAGGAAUAUCUGAUUGAGUUCAACCAGCUGGCUAUGGCUAAUGCCGAGGGCAAUGAUGAUAUGCUUAACAGGGUGAUGACCAAGGACAACAUUGGUCUGGCUGCACUCCUUGAGGUCAAGGAGCCUCAUUAUGAAACUGGAAUGCCAGCUGAUCGACUCCGGGGUCAGCCGUUGCUUGUAGCCACGGCCCACAUCCACUGGGACCCAGAAUACUCCGAUGUGAAGCUUAUUCAGACAAUGAUGCUGAUGUGGGAGCUAAAACAGAUCAUCGAAGACACGUGCCGGGGUUACGGCUUGACUGCUCCCACCAUCGACUGCAAUGCCAUUCCUUUGCUGUUGUGUGGAGAUCUCAAUUCACUGCCAAAUUCAGGAGUUGUGGAGUACCUAAGUACAGGGAAAGUAGCAGCUGACCAUCUUGACUUCAAGGAGUACGCCUAUCGUUCUUCGUUACGCAAGAUAAGUACUGCUGAAGGAAAAGAUGCCUUGGCUCACAGCUUCCGCCUGUGCCGGGCCUACCAAGGGGACACAAUGCCAUUCACUAACUAUACGUAAGUAAACUGACCAUGUUUGGCACCUUUUGGGGGGCCUGGUGGUGGGGUUAGGGUCACCUGUAUUGAGGGCACUGGGCUUUUGGUGCUGGGAAAGUUUUAGGAUGGCUGGUGGUGACUUGGGAGUUGUAGAAGUGACCAGUGCGGACGUGAGUGUUCUGGAGUGAUUGGUGGUUCAUUGAGACCAUUUUGGAGUGACCAACAGUGUUGUGGAUGUUCUAGAAUGA